CCCAGAGCCCAACUGCUGUUUAUAAGAAGAGCCUCGAUGCACAAAGUCAAGUCUUUCUCAAUCACCAUUAAUUAUCUGGGCGACCGAGAAGAAAGGCACGCUCGAUCAGCACGUGCACAGCUAUGUCGACCUACUGCAUCGCAAGCCAUGAACAAGUUCCGUUCACGGUGAACGAACAACCAGUCAAAAUGAACUCGCCGUGCUCCAUCCCUCCUUCCUCUCGCCGUAUCGACCCCACCCGGGCGCGCACCGCUACGUUAAAACCUGAUGGCUCGGUCGACGACAACGACCGUGUAGAAAUUGGACCAACUCCGCUGGCGUUCGCCGAGUGGGAGCAGCUGGGCUUGCAGCCGCCUCACCUACCCACCAUGCGCGCGUUUCGCCUGCAACGCAUUUGCGAUCAACUGAUUGACCGCGGUCUAGGUGGCAUCCUGCUGUUCGAUCCACUAAACAUUCGCUACGCCACGGACUCCACCAAUAUGCAGGUGUGGUCCGCGCACAAUCCCGCCCGCGCCUGCUUCGUUGCGGCGAGUGGUUAUCUGGUGCUGUGGGAUUUCCAUGGUUGCGACCAUCUUACCGCGCACCUGCCACUGAUCAAAGAACUGCGCAGUGGCGCCUCAUUCUUCUACUUUGAAACCGGCGACCGUACCAGUGAACACGCCAUACGCUUCUGCGCACAAGUUGACGAAUUGCUCCGACAGCAUGCCGGUAACAACCGCCGGCUCGCUGUGGACCGCAUUGAAGUUGCCGGCUUGCGUGCCCUCGAAGCUCUGGGAGUGGAAGUCUGUGACGGGCAAGCGGUCACCGAGCACGCUCGAAAGAUUAAGGGCCCAGACGAAAUCCGAGCUAUACGCUGUGCAGUCGCAUCUUGCGAAGCCGCGAUCGGCGAGAUGCGCCAGGCCAUGCGCGCCGGCGCCACAGAAAACGAUGUCUGGGCUGCUCUGCACGCGGGCAAUAUUCGCCGUGGUGGCGAAUGGAUUGAAACUCGCAUUCUUAGUUCCGGACCGCGCACCAACCCUUGGUAUCAGGAAUGCGGGCCGCGGGUCCUUCGCGACGGAGACCUGGUAUCCUUCGACACCGACCUCAUCGGCGUAUACGGUAUGUGCGUGGACAUGUCGCGCAGCUGGAUCUGCGGCGAUCUCGAGCCGACAGCCGAACAGAAACGCCUGUAUCGCAUCGCCCACGAACAUAUCACCACCAACAUCGAGAUGGUCAAGCCCGGAGUCCGCUUUACGGAAUUGACGCGCAACGGCCAUCGCCUGCCUGAAAGCUGCCGCGCUCAGCGCUAUGCCGUGAUGUUCCAUGGGGUAGGCUUAUGCGACGAGUACCCGAGUAUUCGCUACCCGGAAGACUUGGAAUCAUACGGCUACGAAGGAGAGCUGCAACCGGGCAUGGUGUUAUCCGUUGAAGCGUAUGUCGGUGAGGUUGGCGGCAAGGAUGGUGUCAAGCUAGAGAACCAACUACUCGUGACCGAGACCGGCUAUGAGCUACUGACUCACUAUCCAUUCGAAGAGAGCUUCCUGCGCGACUGAUUCUGAGCCCAUGAUCAUAUUUAUGUACCUAAUUUUUCAUCAAACCGGGUCAGAACAUCAGAUCACAAAAUAAUAAGACAAAAACUAAGAAUUCUUUUUUGCAGACUUAUCACAAAUCAUUUCAAGUUAGGAGAGCACAGUGUCGAGGAUUGAUUGUACUGCUGAAAUGGGUUAUGAUGUAGCUAGGAUACUAAUCAAUUCUCGUGACAAUAGCCCGAGUAUCUACAGUCGACGCUGUGAUGAAGCGAAACACGGAAAGAAAAAAACCCCUAGAUUUUGACCUUCUAAACAAGGACCUGCAGAUAGUUCUCAAGACAACGGAUAGUACUCAUAAGGACUAAU